AUGUUCCCUGUCCUCCGGAUUUGUAGGGGCACUACCAGUGUGCAAUACUACUCGGAGUCUGCUGGUGGACUCCUGCGGACCGUCAUUCACACAAACUCUCCUAACUCUGACGUCCAAGAGUUUAUACUAUCGUCUCUUGUAACGGAAAGCAGUAGUGCCGAAGUAUCAAGUGAACAAGUACUAGCAACCCACCCAGGACCCAAGCGACCAUCUACCGUCGAACGUUCCGAUAUUGUUCGGUCUGACGACGACACGAUCAUAGGAGCGCCCUUUGUGUGUCACUUCCCCUCCCAACCCCUGCUCACGUCGAGACUCUGUCAUGUCUUCAUCGAGGACAACCGGGACCUCCCUGAUGCCCUCGAGAGCAAGAUAGUCCAUUGGAAUGUCGACCUCGAUGACGAAAACGCGGACCUCGAAGAGUAUCACGCUGCAUUGGCUCACCUCGUCGAAGACCACAUCAUACCUCGCCUGACUGACUUACCUCCCUCCUCCCUCCUGUUCGCGCCACGCGAUCCUACAUUCAUCGCGUCCACCGUCGAAAGGGCAGACGGGCGGGUCAUUCGACUCCGAGCUGGCUUGCCGGACAGCCUACAAGAAAUCGAGGCCGCAUGCCUACGGCGCAUCAAGAAUCAUGCCGCCACCAGACUGGAGUCUGUUGUCGACUUCCCCGUCCACGACAUCGGCAGGGUUCUCGUGCUCAAUCCACUCGAUGCAUGGAGCAGAAGCAUCGCGCGCGUAUUGCUUCCCGACCAAACUAUCGGUGUCAUGCAAUGGAUACCCACCGCAUCCGCGCUCCUCUCUCCAGGAUUCACCGCCGUGAUGGAGGCAGGUACCCUACGCGAGAUGGAGCUGUUGCGUACCAUUCCUCCACAUCCGCAUAUCAUCGGUCCUCCGAUUGCGUACAUCUCUCGCGAAUUCGGGGGCGCGACGCUCAUCUGCGGCUUCGUCUCCAAGUUUCUCCCUGGAGGUAACUUGUGGGAGGUGCUCGAGGCCGGACCGGUUGCGCUACCCCGGCGAAUCAAAUGGGCGUACCAGGCAACAACGGCGCUCGUGCACGUCCACCACACCGCCCACACGUAUCACGGCGACGUCAAGCUCGAAAACAUCAUGCUCGACGGGAACGACUACGCGAUUCUCAUCGACUUCGAGCAGGGACGCGCGAACGAGGAGGCAGCAGCCCCUGAAGUCCACGCCGGAGGUAGCGUCACCGAGCUCCUGAGGCACAGGGCGUACCCGUACGACGAAUGGCUACACGUCCCACGCGCCAUCGAGGCGGCGGAGGUGCACGCGCUCGGGGUUGCGCUCUCGAAACUGUUCGAGGAGGACGAGGUGCCCUCCGAUAUCGUCCAGAAGUGCAAAGCGGGCGACCCUAACGAGCGCCCGACCUUGAAGACUAUCUACCAAUACUUCGACUACUGGCACGCGUCCAAGACGGCGACUAAGUAG